AUGGUGGUGCCGCGCGAAAGGUGGAAGGCGACGGACUUUGUAGUGGACGACAUGGUGUACUCCAGCAUCGACGUGCUCAUAAUGGACGCCCUACGACACCUACAAUGCUUGGAGAAGGAUAGCACGCUCAGGCUGUACACCGCGUUCAUCUACCACUACAAGAAGUGGGCGGCGAAGAUGCUGAAGCAGAUACGCGACAAGCUACCCCAUGAGCAACGACUUCGGCACGUCGACGAGAUCGGCCACUACAUCCGCGACAACAAGAAAAAGGAUUGGUGCAACGAGAAACCCGGGGAGGAGAACAAUGCCACGCGAACGGGGCCUGUGAGGUCGACAACUGUGCACACGAUCCUCGGGCGCAUAAAGGCAUGCCAGAUGGCGGCGAGGGUGGAGGCGACGCUGUACCGAGAGAAGGAGCUGGGCAUCAUGAGGGAGAUCUCGGUGGUCAGAUCGGAGGUGCGGUUCAACGUCCGCCACAAGAACGAGAGGGACAUCAACCAUGGCCCGCACUCACCGGAUCGCCUCAUCUCAGCUGUCCGCAUUUCUCCUUUUCCUACUCGCGGCCGCGUUUCUUCCUGCUCCGAUGCGCGCAUUCGCAUCCCGCGCUUCCCGGGUUCGUUCCACAGGCAGCAGAAAAUCCGGGCGAGCGCGCACAUAGAUAAGAGCGGAAACAUCUAUAACGAAGUUGCCGCGUCCGGAGCUUCGGCUCGCGGCAGUUACGCCUGGAACGCCUCUUACUUCACCCAGAAUCUCGACCAUUUCUCGUUCACCCAGUCGAGCUACGCCACGUGGCAGCAGAAGUACAUCUGGUGGGACGGCGCGUGGGGCGGCGCGGAGAGCGGCGCGCCGAUCUUCGUGUACUGCGGCAACGAGGGGCCGAUCCAAUGGUUCAUGGACAACGCAGGGUGGAUCCGCGAGAUCGCUGUCGAAUUCGGCGCGCUUGUCGUGGGACCCGAGCACCGGUACUAUGGUGAGUCGAUGCCAUUCGGCUCGGAAAAAGAAUCCUUCAGCAACGCGUCGACUCGUGCGUUCCUCACCACAGAGCAGGCCAUGGCGGACAUGGCAGUGCUUCUCACGGCGCUUAAGGACAACUUAUCCGCGCAUGACUCGCCCAUCAUCCUCUUCGGAGGCUCCUACGGUGGCAAACAGGCCAUGGCGGACAUGGCGGUGUUCCUCACAGCGCUCAAGGGGAACCUGUCCGCGCAUGACUCUCCGGUCAUUCUAUUUGGAGGCUCAUACGGCGGCAUGCUCGCAGCAUGGUUCCGCCUAAAGUACCCGCACAUAGCAGCAGGCGCCAUCGCAGCAUCGGCACCCAUCUUGCAAUACGAGGACAUUGUCCCCAGCGAGACCUUCUACCGCAUAGUGUCACACGACUUCAAGGUGGGUGGGUGUGUGACUAUAACAGUGGCACACGGCUUCAAGGACAGCUCAUCGCAGCAUCAGCGCCCCAUCCUCCUGCAGUACGAGGACAUCGUGCCUAGCGAUACCUUUUACCACAUAGUGUCACACGACUGCAAGAUAGAGAGUGAGAAUUGUUUCAAUGCCAUCAAUAGCAGCUGGGCGGAAAUCAGGGAGGAGGCAGCAGCUGAGGGAGGGCUUGUACGCCUCUCAGAGCAGUUCCGCCUGUGCAGCUGGGCGGCCAUCAGGGAGGAGGCAGCAGCUGAGGGAGGGCUCACCCGCCUCUCAGAGCAGUUCCGCCUGUGCAGUCACUUGACUGACGCUGAUGAACCGAUUCAGUGGUUGGUAACAGCUUACAUCUACAUGGCCACGCUGGACUACCUCGUGCCCUCUUAUCAGAGUCCUUUUGUUCCCCUCCCCGCUGACGAGCUGAUUCAGUGGUUAGAGACGGCUUACAUAUUGUAA